UCCACUAUAAAAAUCCUACCUUUAAGCCUUUCAGGACAUGCUAGAACAGCCCCCCCUUUAGAGAGAGAGAGAGAGAGAUUGUAAUAAAGAGAGUGCCCCCCCUUAAAAGGAGGCCAGAGGGUAUACAAAGAUGCGCUUUGCAUUUUAAAAGAGAAGGAAUCAAAGCUGCACACACUUCUCUAGAGAGAGAGAGAGAGAGAGAGAGAGGGAAGUUGGGAUUGGAGAUGUCGGGGAGGUGGUCGGUGACGUCGCUGCGGUGGCUGGACUUCUCGUUCCCGCUCCGAUCCUCCAUCUUCCGGUGGCCCCAGCUCGUGUCCUCCUACUUCACGGCCGCCCGCCGGGUCGGCGGCGGCGGCGAUGGCGGCGGGUGGGGCUUCCCCCGGUGGUGGCCGGCGGAGCUGGGGCUGGGGCUCUCGAUCCUGGACGACGUCGUGUGGAGCCUCGUGACGGUGUUCGAGUCCGUGGCCCUCGUCUCCAUGCUCUGCUUCUUCUUCCUCUUCUGCGGAUGCACCAUCUAGACCCCGCCGGGGGCGGCGAAUCCGGCGCCAGCGCCGGCGGCAGGCGGAGAUGACGAUGGCGGUCGGGACAGGGACAUGCGAGAUUUGGUCGGGGAUCGGUAGAUGAGCUGGAGCACGUGCGGCACGUGCGGUCUCUCUUUUUCGUUCUCUCUUGUUUUUUUUUUUUCCAUCCUUUUUGGAAUUAAUUUUGCCUUUUUUCCCCCCCUUUCUCCAUUUUCUCUUGUCAAAAGUUUUGGUUGCUUUGUCUCUGCUUUUCAAUAUUUUCUUUUUUUUUUUGCUCUUUUUUUUUUUCAUCCUCCUCCUCCUUGUAAUAUUCUUGGGUUCUCGUGAGAAAAUUCAAACCUUGGCUUUGAGUAUAUAA